AUAUAUAUAAAGAAAAGGAAAAAAAAAACAGAAAAUAGGGAAGGAAAAAAAACUAGAAGUAAGCACUGAAGCGAAUUGAUAUCAGAAAUUACAGUAUUUGGUUUGAUUAUAGAAUGUCUAACCAUUCAGCUCCAUUGUUAGCUAGGGGGCAUUUAGAUCCCAUGGAUCAAGACUUGAACCAAAACUCAUUAACUUCUUCAAGAAAAAGAAGAUUGCGUCGUUGUAGAAGCGCUCCUCGGGGUGAUUGUAUGUACAAUGAUGAUGAAGAUGUCAAAACCGACGAACCACCUCCUCAUCGGAGUAUAAUCCCAAUGUUCAGGGAUCUAAACCCGAAUCUCAGGGAAGUGAUCUUGUUCUUUGUUUUAUACCUAACCACUGGUACACUCUGUUUCUACCUCGUGAGAAACCAGAUCUCCGGUAAUAAGACCAACGGUGUGUUGGAUGCCAUCUAUUUCUGUGUUGUAACAAUGACAACCGUUGGAUAUGGUGAUCUUGUCCCUAGUAGUUCAACCUCAAGGCUACUUGCUUGUGCGUUUGUCUUUUCGGGAAUGGUCCUUGUGGGUCACCUUUUAAGUCGAGCAGCAGAUUACUUAGUGGAGAGGCAAGAGACUUUGCUUGCUAAGGCUUUCGAUUUGCACAAAACAGUUGGUCCAACAGAAAUUCUCAAGGAGUUGCAUACUAAGUUGAGACACAAAUGCUAUGUGACAUUUCUUGUCCUUGUAGUUCUCGUCCUUGUCGGUACGAUUUUCCUUGUAAUGUUUGAGAAAAUGCCGGUUAUUGAAGCUUUCUACUGUGUUUGUUCCACCGUUACAACAUUGGGUUAUGGAGAUAGGAGCUUUAACUCGGGAACCGGACGUCUUUUCGCUGUGUUUUGGAUCUUGACGAGCACGAUAUGUUUGGCUCAGUUUUUCCUCUAUGUAGCUGAGCUAAAUGCAGAAACCAAACAGAGAGAGUUAGUGAAAUGGGUUUUAACAAGGAGAAUCACAAACAAUGAUCUCGAAGCAGCUGAUCUUGAUGGAGAUGGAGUUAUCGUAGCUGCGGAGUUUAUAUUAUAUAAACUAAAAGAAAUGGGGAAGAUUGAUGAGGAAGAUAUUGAUGGGAUAUUGCAAGAGUUUGAGCAACUUGAUUACGAUGAUUCGGGAACUCUGACGAAUUCUGAUCUCAUUCUUUCUCAAACGACGUCUUAGAUACAAAGGUAAGCAUACUUCUUUAGUUAUUAUACCUGCGCACGACCAAACAAAAACCAAAAAGAAUGUACAGUUUUGGGUCUGUGUGUGUGUGUGUGUUUUAAUGUAAUGCCACACACUCAGUUUUUUAUUGUUACUUGAUGCGUAAGUUUACAUAUAUACUGUGUAUAUGAGUUUACACAAGUACUUUGUUUAAGCAAGAUGAAUCUUGUUAUU